CAUGAAAAAACUUUUUUGAACUGGUUCGUUCCGGAACGACACAACUCCUGAAAACAAGAAAUAAUUAUGUUAUGUUUUGGUAGAAUUCCUAUUCAUUCAUACCGGGAAGUAGUGUAAUAUUGAGGCGAAAGGUGUUUGGUCUAAAGGACAAGACGAAUUUGUUUAAUUAAAAGAUGUUACGAUUGCUCUUGCACAACAGUCGCGAUAACAGUCGUCAAUUUCUGCAACAGAUACCGAAAUUUCAUAUCAAUUCGUCGCUAACGAAACAAGGUUUUAAAGAUGCGUCACAUUGCAAUUGGAAAAACUUUCAUAACAUUGUGCGAUCAGAGCUGAGGAAGACGACACAGCAUCAACAGGGCAGUAAAAAUGCAACGAAAUUAAGAGCGCUACUAUUCGGCAGUGGAGGCGUUUCAUUGGGGUUAGUGGCACGCAGUUGGAUUCAGGGACGUUAUAAAGUCCAAUGCGAAGGCAAUCGAUUAGCUGGGGUUUUGCAAAAAACCUUGCAACAAGAAGAUGGCAAGUUUGAUUGGAAACGAUUUUGGUCUUAUCUGGAACCGCAUUUGUGGGAAUUCUUAGGCGCGAUUGCGGCAGCGCUUGUUGUUGCGUUCAUCAAUAUUCGUAUACCCAAUUUGUUAGGCGACUUGAUCAACAUAUUAGCCCGAUAUGCUAAUACAUACGUCAAGGAUCCUCUGAACAACUCCUUCUUCAAAGACGUUGGUAAGCCAGCUUCGAACCUAUUGAGUCUAUAUGUAAUGCAAUCUGGCUUCACGUUCCUAUAUAUCUACCUCCUGAGUCGCAUUGGCGAGCAGAUGGCAGCUAAACUGCGACAGGACCUCUUCCGCCAGAUAAUGAUACAAGACAUCGAAUUUUUUGACAAAAAUCGAACGGGCGAGCUAGUAAAUCGCCUUACUGCUGACGUUCACGAUUUUAAGGCGUCUUUCAAACAAUUUGUGUCACAAGGUCUUCGAAGUGUCGCCCAAUUGAUUGGUGGUGCAAUUUCAUUAUUCCUCAUUUCGCCGCACAUGGCUGCCAUCGCAUUGGCUGCAGUGCCGGGAGUUGUGACAUUUAUGACAUACUUGGGCAAGAAAUUGCGAAGUUUGAGUAAAAACGCCCAAGCCCAAUCUGAACGAGCGACUUCGGUAUGCGAGGAAGCAUUAUCUAACGUCCGUACGGUCCGUUCGAGUGCCUGUGAAUACCAAGAAAUGGCACUCUUCGAACAUGAAACAAACGAGGCUGCACGUCUGUGUCAGGAAUUGGGAUACGGUAUUGCAAUAUUUCAGGGUCUAACCAACUUCUUCCUCAAUGGCUUAGUUUUAUCAACUCUAUUCUUGGGUGGUCAUUUGAUGUCAACCGAAAGCUUGACCCCAGGCUCUCUAAUGGCCUUCUUAGUAGCGGCACAAGGUGUACAGCGUUCGCUAGCUCAGGAAUCAGUUCUGUUGGGUACAAUGAUACGAGGAAUGACUGCUGGGUCCCGAGUAUUUGAAUAUCUACAAAUCGAACCUAAAGUAGAACUUUUAAGAGGCUAUGAAAUUCCAUCCGAUCGCUUGAGAGGAGAAAUACGUUUUGAAAACGUAUCUUUUGCAUAUCCCACAAGACCGGACCAUGUUGUACUAAAAGAUUUUAGUUUAAUUUUAAGACCAGGUGAAACUGUGGCCUUAGUAGGUGCUAGUGGCUCUGGAAAAUCAACAAUAGCUGCAUUAGUUGAGCGUUUUUAUGAACCGACAUCGGGUACCAUUAAAAUCGAUGGCUACAAAUUGGACGACAUUUCGCCACAUUGGCUGAGAGGUAAUGUUUUGGGUUUUAUUGAACAACAACCUAUACUGUUCGCCACCACUAUAUUGGAAAAUAUACGUUACGGAAGGCCAGGAGCAAAAGAAGACGAUGUAGUCGAAGCUGCUAAAUUGUCUCAGUCCCAUGACUUUGUAACUGCACUGCCUGAUGGUUACGAGACAAAUGUUGGCGAGAGAGGUGCGCAGUUAAGUGGUGGUCAACGACAGCGUAUAGCCAUUGCUCGAGCUCUUUUGAAAAAUCCCCGAGUUCUUAUACUGGAUGAAGCAACCAGUGCAUUGGAUGCAACCAGUGAGGCUGAAGUACAAAAGGCCCUGGAUACUGCAGUAUUAAAUAGAACCACAUUAGUAAUAGCUCAUCGCCUGUCUACAAUACGUAAUGCUGACUUAAUAGUUGUUCUAGACAAAGGACGUAUAGUAGAGACUGGAAAGCAUAACGAACUUAUGGCCAAACGCGGUCUUUAUUAUGAUCUUGUUCGACAACAAGAAAAACAUGGUGCAGCAGAAGAUGCCACUGCUUUUAAUAUACCUAACACUGCCGAAUUCGAAUCAGCCGAUAGAAAUACAAGUAGUAAUACGAACACCAACACCAGCCAACAACGUUCCAAUAUGGCGCAAGGUUAAUGACAAUAACAUAUAGGGAAAAAGUGCAUGUUUCAUCACAUUGUUUUGGACUUUCUUUUUUACAUUAAUGACGAAUUCUUUAUUUAAUUUUAUUGUUGUUCUAAUCCAAUGGAUUUACGUAAAACCUAACGUUAUUUUGCUUUCAAACUUCAUUUAUAAUUGGCCAAGUCCAAAGAUACGGGUGUUAAUUUAAAGAUAUUGUUCAAUUUGGAUAUGUAUAUGGGAAAUAUAAAUUAAAUAGUGAAUAAAUAUGGUUAAACAAAUUAAUUUUUAAAUAAUUAAA